AUGGCGUGUCGUGUCACAGCUGAGCUCUCCUUUUCAAUGGAGCAUUUGAAUGAUGAAUUCUUUAUGAUGGCAACGGCAAUUCUGCAUUUUGUGUCAAAUAUAUGGCCUUUCUCGGUACUCAAAUUUGAUGACUUGAAAGUGUCAGAUGGAUUGGUUCGUAAACUAUCAUUACCGGCACAGACAAAACAAUUUGUAUUUGCCAUACGUGAUUCUGAGUCUCAAGCUGUGGUAUACAUACUCUGCGCUCAGAAUUUGUCCGAGAGAUCAGCUGUGGAUGCUGAACAUCUCAUUAGGGAAGUCCAGCCUGAUGCAGUUGUUGUUCAAGUAGCUCAUGGUGCAGUAGAUGAUAUUCAGUCCAAAGAAAUUGAAUCCGGGAAUGAUAUAGAUGAUCCGGUUCCAACGUCAUCCUUUGAAGUGUUAAGGAGGUGCUUUAUUCAUAAAAUAAAUAAAGACAAGUAUGAAAAUGUGGCUGGUGGCUUGGUUUUGAGAGAAAUUUUUGGGGUUAGUCUUCAUGGACAUGUCUUGGCUGCAAAACGAAUAGCUGAAGAAGUUGGGUCAAACUUCUUGCUGAUUGAGUCUCCAUUUCUGAAAUGUAGCGAGGACAACAAUUCCAUUGGUGAAGCUGAAUCAAGAAACAAGUUCCAAGCACUAGCUUUACAACCUAGUAGUUUGUUCCUCAAAAUGUGGAUGGUAAGGUCAUUAUGCUUAUAUCUAAAUCUGUCUACCCCUGUUUCGGAAGGAGAUUCUGCAGAGUUUCAGCCAAGAUUGGAUUACGAGGCUCCACCAUAUGCCCAGUCUAUUUAUCCCUUACUAUUGGAUUUACACAAUAUUUUUGUUGAUAUCCCAUCAAUUGCAAGGGCUUUGGCUCAUGCACAAAAGAUGCUUCAUGAUGUCAACAAGGGAGAAGCUGUUGAUAUGAAACUCCUGUCUGAAGUUCACACCUUUAGAAUUGCAGUUGAGGGAUUAAGAAUUGCUCUCAACAAUGCAGGUAGGCUGAACAAAGUUGGGAACCUGAGAUUAGGUGAAGUAGAGUUUUUGGAGCUUGAUGUUGAGGAAAAGUCACAUGCUCUUUUUGCCCAGGCUCUUAGAAGCCAGACUAACAAAUUCAAAUCCAUAGUGGCUAUAGUUGAUGCUAGUAGUUUAGCUGGUCUUAGGAAACACUGGAACACUGAUAUUCCUUCAGAGAUCAAGGGUAUGUUGGAGCAAUUAAUUAGUUAUUGUGGAAAUGAUGAAGAAAGUUCUAGCCACAAUGGUAGAAAGGGGUUAUUAACUAAUAAACCAGUAGUGGCAUUUGGGGCAGGAGCAACUGCUGUUUUAGGAGCUUCAUCUCUCUCUAAAGUUGUCCCUGCAUCAACCUUCAUGAAAGUUGCUACUUUAAAACUUCCUGCUUCACUUAAACUGGUUUUGAGCCAGUCUCAGAAGGCAAUUGCUAUUGCCCUUGGCAAGAUAGUUGGUCCAUUGAAAGUGGUAGUGCCAAGUUUUGCAAGUGCUGGAGCCAAAACAACCUCUGCAUUGAAGGCAACUGCUUCUACUCAAAAAAUUCGAGCUGUGGCUCACAGUAUGAUAGCAUCUGCAGAGAGAACCAGCUUCUCUGCCAUGAGAACAGCGUUUUAUGAGAUAAUGAGGAAAAGGAGGGUCCGGCCAAUUGGUUUGCUGCCAUGGGCUACAUUUGGGUUGCUUGUGCAUGGUGAUGGAAUUGAAUGUGCAGCUGAGUCUCUUCCUGCUGCUCCUUCAAUUGCUAAUUUAGGUCGUGGCAUCAAAAGUUUACACCAGGCAUCUCACGCAGUGAGGCUAGAAGAAAGUUCCCGAUUACAGAAAUCUAUCGAAUCCCUUAUAUGCAUUGCAAGUGGUUCUGGAAAGAUUGCAGUGCAUGUCCUAGGGAAGCUUCUUGCUUUUGGCAAUAUUCCUAUCCUCAAUAUCAGGUGUACUUUCAGGGAUAAUCCAAAGACACGUGCUCAAAGUACUACGAAGAAGGAAAACUAUAGAGUGAAAGUUGUGAGUUGUGCUUCUCAAAAAGAAACUGAUCUCUCUGAUGCGAUUUAUCUCGGAUCAUUCAGAGCACUAGCAGAAGAUGGGGGUUCUCGAUGUGAUGCUUGA